UAGAUAUUCUCCCGCCAAAAACCAAAAGACUACAAUAACACCCACCCUACCUCCCUCCGGCACUACUUUCCCGCACACAAACAGCAUGAACAAGGGUGGCGGCGGAGCUCCAACUGGGUGCUACAAGUGUGGCCGUCCCGGCCACUGGUCCCGCGACUGCCCUUCCAAUCCCAACACCUCCUCCUCCACCAACAACAACCCACCACUUCCACCCAAUUCCGAGUUCAAUUCAAACACCAGGUCGAGGCCACCUCUCGCUCCGCAGAAGCCGAAGCAGAAGGCCCAGAGGAAAACCAGACCUAAGCUCACGCCCGAUCUCCUCCUCUCCGAUGCCGGCAUUGGGUACAUCCUCCGCUACUUUCCGCGGGCUUUGAAGUGCCGCGGCCGCGGUCGUGAGGUUAAAGAUCUGCAACAUCUACUUUUCCUAUAUGCUGAAUGGCAUUCUCGUUUACUUCCCUAUUACAACUUCAAUCAGUUCAUAGAAAAGGUGGAACAAGUGGGUGCUACAAAGCGUGUGAAGGUCUGUCUCAGAGAACUGCAGGAAAGAGUUGCCAAUGGAGCUGACCCUACAAAGCUGCAUGAGCCUCAAGUUGAACAAUCAAUUGAUGAACAAGGGAGCAUAGACUUGCCAAAUCAUUUUGAGGAAAAUGAUCUGCAACAUGAAGGCAUGAAUAAUUUUCAGGAAGACAUGCCUCAAGGCAUCUCGGUGGAAGCCACUGAAAAAAGCCUUGCUUCACUAUUAUUGUGAACUUAACAAGCUAGCUAGAGCGAUGGAUUUCUACCUUAGUGGCCAAGGUAUGGGUAGUUGUGGCAUACCAGAGAAUUGGGAAAAGGUAUUGGAGAUUAUUACUGAAGGAUGGAGGUUAUGCUUUACUUCAUUAGUUCAGCUUUCAUCAUCCCAAUUUAGCAAAUCUAUAGUAAGCAACUAGAAUAUCAGAUUUCUCUGUUUACGAUUGUGUUUGCAUGUCAUCUUAUCAAUCUUUUCUAAAUAUCUCUUAUCCUCUCUCAUGUUGUAGAAACUCUAAUGAAAUAAGUUAGAGGUUGAGAAGGAAUCAGGUAAGUUUGUUUUCAAUUGUGCAUGCUUCCUUGUAUAGGUGCUUUUCUAAGGUCUCAAACUACAGGUCAAGACUUUGCUUUUUUAAGCAUCCUUGAAACUUCCUUUAAUCUUAGUUUAGCUUUGUUCUAAUCUUCGGCUGUUUUGCUCCCAUCCUUGAAUGUGGAAAAUCCAUAUUCAAGGCAAUUUACUUGGUGGUUUGCAUGAAUGUACUUCCUUCUUAAUGAGCUCAUAUUGAUUUUUCCCUAGCAUUUAAAGGCAUGUUUCUCUUUCCACCACUAUUUAUUCUCUACUCCCUUGAUCUGGCUUGUCUCGUCUAACUUAAAGAGCUAGAAAUGAAAGUAUUAAACAACAUCUAGCCAUUGCGCAUGAAUUAUAAUGUCCAGUGUCCUGCAGA